AUGAACGGUAUAUUUGCUAUUGAGAAGCCUAGUGGGGUUACCUCCAACAGUUUCUUGCAACAAUUGAAGAAUGCUCUCAUGAAGAGCACUAUUUUCCAGAAAGACAUCCAAAAGGCAGUGAUGGAUAGAUCCCAGCAAUACGCCAAGGAGACCGGUAAGAAGCCUAGUAAACGGAAGCUUAGAAAAGUGUCUCAGAUCAAAAUGGGACACGGCGGUACACUGGAUCCUCUGGCUUCAGGAGUCAUGGUCAUUGGGAUUGGUAGUGGGACCAAGAAAUUGUCCGAAUAUUUGGGUAAUUGUACCAAGAUAUACGAGACUGAAGCGUUAUUCGGUGUAGCAACGACGUCUGGUGAUAGCGAGGGUGAUAUUAUAACUGAAACCUCGGUUAAGCAUUUGACAUGGGACGAUUUGAAGACUGUAGAGGCAAAAUUUGUGGGCCAUUUGAAACAAACUCCACCAAUUUACGCUGCUUUGAAAUUGAAUGGGAAACCGUUGUACGAGUACGCCCGUGAGGGGAUUCCACUACCGAAGGCGAUUGAACCAAGACAGAUCCAGAUCUAUUCUUUGCAGCUGUUUAGCGAUUCACUGACCAGAGAUCAUUCUUAUCCGAUUCUUAAAUUGCAAGAUGUUGAGGAAAGAGAGGUGUUGAAGAAAUUGAAUGCAAAUCUGAUGGAAGAUAAAUUGUACUUCUCACAAGAAUACUGUGAGAAACAUGGAUUAAAAUCUGAAGAAGUUGAAGUAGGGAAUUGGAUUCCACUUACCGAUGAGGAAAGAGCCAGCAUUUAUUCUUCGAAAAACGAUUCGUACAGGGCUCCGUUACUUCAUUUUAAGACAAGUGUAUCAAGUGGAACGUACAUUCGGUCUUUGAUUAGCGAUAUUGGUAAGUCUAUGAAGUCCUCAUGCUACAUGGUGAAACUAAUACGUUGCCAGCAACAAGAGUGGGCUUUAGAUAAAAAUAACGUAUUCACAUUAGACGAUUUUGAACAUAAUGAUGAGGAAAUAUGGUCCAAAGUCUUGGAAAAAGUGUUGGAAGAAGGUUCCAAAGUGAACAUUGAAGAGGAGUUUAUCAGGGCAAAGGCUGAAGCAAAGGCUGAAGCAAAGGCCGAAGCGGAAGCUGCUGCCAAAGUUGCAGCAGAAGUGAAUGUCGAAACUACCGAAGCAACUGCCGCUACCACCGUCGAACCAGUUACGGUACAAUCCACAGCAGAGGAAACACCGACUGGCAAAAGGUCUAGAGAUGACGAGAAAAUGUAA